AUGCCUCUACUCAAAGAGUCCAACGGGCCCUCCCUUGCUUCUCAGGUAGAGCAUGCGUUGGAGCUUUCAAACGACUAUGCCCUCGGGUUGGUACAUCCCGACGGUCAUUGGUAUGGCGAGAUGAAUAGCAAUGUCACUAUCACUGCCGAAUAUAUAUUCCUUCGACAGGCCUUGGGACUAGAUCUCAAAGCCGAAAACGCAGCAUACUCUCGUUAUCUACUAUCUCAACAGAAUAGUGAUGGCUCCUGGGGUCUGGCACCCGAGUACCCAGGCGAUGUAUCAACCACGACUGAAGCCUACCUCGCACUGAAGAUCUUGGGGACAAGCCCGCAUAUCCCAGCCAUGCGGAAGGCCCGAGAAUUUGUGCUAAAGGCAGGUGGAAUUGCGCGGGUGCGCGUGUUCACCCGUAUCUACUUGGCCACCUUCGGUCUGUUCCCUUGGGGUGCAGUACCGGAACUUCCUGUGGAGCUCAUACUUCUGCCCUCCAUCUGCCCAAUCAACAUCUACAAGUUUGCAUCUUGGGCUCGCGGUACAAUUGCUCCCCUGUUGAUCAUCUGCCACCAUCAACCUGUGUACCCGCUACCGAAUGGAAAAUCCGCUACGAACGACUAUCUAGAUGAGUUAUGGCUAGAUUGCACGAACAAAAUGGUACCUUACAGCCUGUCCCUGUGGGAAUUGAUGUCCCGAAGAGAAUUCACGGGGCUGGCAUUUGGAGUUUUGGACAAAGUACUUUAUCAACUGAAUGGACUCCGUUCCAUUCCUUUGGUCCGAGCGUAUGCUCGAAAACGAUGCCUCAAAUGGAUAUUGGAGCGCCAGGAAAAUUCCGGCGAUUGGGCAGGGAUCUUCCCGCCCAUGCAUGGCAACAUGUAUGCAUUCACAUUGGAAGGCUAUACACUAGACGAUGAUCCAGUCCGUCUUGGAUUCGAAGCAUUGGAGAGAUUUGCCUGGGAAGACGAAAAAGGAAAGAGGAUCCAAGCCUGUGUUUCGCCCGUUUGGGAUACGGCUUUGAUGACGGUUGGACUCUGCGAUGCGAUGUCACCCAAUAGACAGACUAUUGAAAAUGCUCUCAAGUGGAUCCGAGCUCGCCAGUUGCUUGAUCCUCGCGGAGAUUGGCGCAUAUACCGACCCCAGUUAACUCCGGGCGGCUUCAGCUUCGAGUACGAGAACAGCUGGUACCCCGAUGUUGACGACACAGCUGCUAUUAUCCUCGCUCAGGUGAAGCACGAUGCUGGAUCUAUUGGUUCUAAUUCUGUAAUUGCAGCAGCCACAUGGAUUCUGGGCAUGCAGAACCCGGACGGAGGGUGGGCUGCCUUUGAUGUGGAGAACGAUAAGCAGUUUCUCAAUAAAAUCCCCUUCAGCGACAUGGAUAGCCUGUGUGAUACAUCUUGCGCUGAUAUCACCGGGCGGAUCCUUGAAGCCUUUGGUCUGAUGAUAAAAUAUUCUCCUGCAAAGACAGACGUGAAUUCUCUGCUACCUCCACUACGUGCGGCAUGCGCGCGCGGCGUGCAUUACCUUGCUUCUACACAGGAGCCCAACGGAUCAUGGUUUGGAAGAUGGGGAUGCAAUUACAUAUACGGCACGAGUCAUGCAUUAUGUGGCCUGGCAUGUUUUGCCGAGGAAAGUCUAGUUCGAGUGAUGGUUAAGGAAGCUCUACAAUGGCUGAAGUCAAGGCAAAAUGACGACGGUGGCUGGGGCGAGUCUCUCCUGUCAUACCGAUUGCCUGACCAAGAGCUGCAGAAUUCAACGCCAUCGCAGACUGCAUGGGCAUUGAUGGGGUUGCUCUCGCAUCUUCCAAUCACAGAUGAUGCUAUUGAGCGCGGGAUUCGGUACCUGGUGUCCUCGCAAAGACCAGAGAAAGGUAUCGGCUCAUCGUGGCCCCAAGCGGUAUAUACUGGAACUGGAUUCCCAAAUCAUUUCUAUCUGGGCUAUGACUAUUAUCGCCAUUAUUUUCCUAUGAUGGCCCUUGGGCGGUAUCUACAAGGCACUCGGGGCUUGAGCUGA